AUGAUAGCCUAUUAUUCAAUAUUUAUUUUCAUUUCUGCUGUUUUGUUACUUUUAUAUUAUCAAAUCACUAAAAAUUAUGAUUAUUGGAGAAAGAGAAACGUACCGUUUUUGAAACCUUCAUUAAUGUUUGGUAAUUACAAAGAAUAUAUAUUUUUUAGGAAAUUUCAUCCUAAAGUGACGCAAGAGAUUUGUCAAAAGUUUCCUGAUAAACCGUACGUCGGAGUAUUCUAUGGAACCGAUCCUGCUCUCGUAGUCAAAGACCCUAACUUAGUCAAACUUGUUAUGGUAAAAGAUUUCUACUACUUUAACCACAGAGAGGUAUCUCAAUACUUAAAUAAGGAGGAGCUCACACAAAACAUGUUCUUCAAUGGAGGUGACACGUGGAAAGUCUUACGCCAAAACUUAACGUCACUAUUUUCAUCCUCUAAGAUGAAAAAUAUGUUUUAUUUAAUUGAAUCAUGUGCUAACUCCUUAGAAAACGAAUUUAAUAAGGAAUUAAGCAAACAGAAUACCAUAGAGACAAAGUCUCUUUUAAUGAGAUAUACAAUGGACUGCAUUGCAUCAUGUGCUUUUGGUAUAAAUACCUGUACAUUAGAGAAAAAUUCACGAACUAACCCGUUCAUGAUAAUGGGUGAAAAGCUAUUCGACGCUUCAAACUUUGGAGGUUUUAAAUUGGUCACUCGUGCAAUGUGGCCUGCCUUUUUCUACGGUAUAGGACUAAGACUUUUUACCACUGAUAUAGACAAAUUUUUUAAAAAGCUUCUAAUCGAAGUGUUUGAGAGUCGUGAAUACAAGGAAUCUUCUAGACAUGAUUUCGUUGAUCAGUUUUUGAGCUGGAAGAAAAAGAAAUAUUUAAGUGGAGACAGUGUAAGUAAUAACACUGAGGAUAAAAAAAACGUGAAUCUGGAAGUAGACGAUAACUUACUUAUAGGACAGUGCGUACUAUUUUUUGCUGCCGGAUUUGAAACAACAUCGACUUCAUCUAGCUUUCUUCUUUUUGAACUCGCUAAAAAUAAAAAAGCACAAAAUCGAGUUCUAGAAGAAAUCGACGAUUACUACAAAAGGCAUAACGGUAAAAUCGAGUACGAAUGUUUGAAUGAAACACCGUUUUUACAAGCGUGUCUGGAGGAAACACUUCGCCUUUAUCCAGCUAUGGGUGUCCUGACUCGAGAAGUAUCUGAAAAUUACACUUUUCCAACUGGUUUACGACUAGAGAAGGGCACCCGUGUUCAUAUACCGGUCUACUAUCUACAUCACAAUCCAGAAUACUUUGCGGACCCAGAAGAAUUUCAUCCCGAAAGAUUUUAUGGCGAAGAGAAAAGGAACAUCAAACCCUUCACAUACAUGCCUUUCGGCGAAGGACCUCGGAUAUGUAUCGGACUCCGAUUCGCAAAGAUGCCGAUAACUGCUGGGAUUCUCACCUUGUUGAAGAACCACAGUGUAGAACUCGCUGAAGACAUGCCUCCCAAGGUUGACUUCCAGCCACGAGUGAUGGUCACUCAAGCCAACUGUGGUAUAAACCUAAAGUUUACACCUAGGAAAUAAAAAUGACAAAUUUAUUUCCUAUUGUAAAAUAUAAAAUGAAUUUUAAUAAUUAAGAAAGAAAAACUAACUUAACUAAUAAGUCAAAAUUAGACCUAUACAAGUGUUACAUCAUAAGAUAUAUAUAAUUAUUUUUUAAUGGCAAUAACCAAUAUUUCAAUAAUCAUUCUAAAAUAAGACUCCAUACAUAUCACUACACCAUACAAUUUCAACGGUUGGAAUUAUUGUACACAAUAGAUUCCUACUCCUAUAUUUUUGUGUAUGUAUUUAUUUAAAUGAUAUAUGUAUAAGUAUAUUAUAUAAUGUGUGUGUAAGACUAUAAAAAAUUAAAAAGCCGCAGAUAAAAAAAAUGCGAAAUUGUAACAGAGGUCUAUGGACUGCAAAAACUGAAUAAAUAAGUAAAUAAAAAUAAAUAACAUUAAUUACUUACAUUCUAAUGACUAAUUCUUACGUAUGUUGUGGUAAAUAUUCUAUAAUAUUAAUGGUGAUUAUCUAUACAUCUUCUAUACAAAUAAAUAAAAUUGGAAUGUC